AUGACGAAACAGAAUGAUAGCCUUUUUCUUCUGGAAGUGUUAAUCGAUAAAAUUGUUUUUAUUAAAAGUCCUUGCUUUUCCGACAAGGAUUUCAAAACAUGCGUUAACAUUGAGUGUAUAGGAGUUGAACCGCUGGAGAUAUGUGACGAUGAACCUGGAACUUGUAUAGCAACAAGCAAUGGUCCUUUUAUUAAAUCUUUUAACAAUGGAAAGUCCUGCCUUUUCUCACUUACUGAGAGUCAAAUUAAUAGUGCUAUGUCUAAAUAUAAUAUAAAUAUUUCUGUGUAUAAAUCUCUACCAUGUGGUUGCUUACCUACAAAAAUAGUAAUGGGAGAAUGUACUAUUGAUAUGACCAAAGAGUUUGUCGAAGCUCGAAAUACGUUCUUAGAAGAUCCAACUAAUGUCAGCUACCAAGCACUGAAAGAUUCUUUUAAGAUUGUUGGACCAGACGGCUCAGAAACUGGUGAUAUAAUUAUGUUUUUACGAAUAUCUUGCUUUGGAAAAUUGAUAAUAACAAGGUUUCAAGGGCCAGGUGGUCCCCCCAAUCUAGGCGCAGGUAAAAGUUCUGGAAUUGUAGACAGAUCAUGUGCACCUAACAAAGAUUUUCAAAGUAUGCAAGAUCCAUGUGUUUGUGGUGCUGCACGAGGCUAUGGUGGUGGUGGAGGAAGUGACAUGGCUCCACCUUGCAACUUAAGUGGCGCAAGUGGUGUGUGUCCACCAGCGAAAGAUCCAUAUAAUAGCAUGCCCUGUGAGGAUCCUGAUGACCCUUGUUUUUGUUCUGGGCCAAAACCGGUAUCUAAGCAGCAGAUGAUUUGCAGAAAUACUGAUCAAUAUUGCUUACACGUUCCUAAAGGUCGCAAUAAACAAUUCGAGGAAAUAGGUACAGUUCUUGGAGGAAAUGAGCUAAAAAUAAAAGUACCCGCCAGUGCUUCGAUUAUUAAGAAGAUUAGUCAAACGCAUUGUGCUAUGCAAUGUCCUUUUACAAAACAGACAGGUAGUGGCCCAUGCCAACCACCAUGUGGGAAAAAUCAAAUAAGUUUGGCUUUACCUAGUGAAGCUGUUUGUUGUAAUCAAAAGCUGGCUGAUACACAAUUUAGUUGUACAACAGAAGGUUGUCUUCAAACUUCGAAACAUGGCCAGCAACUUACUUUGGCUCGUGGCGAUUGUAAACAACCUGAACUAGCUAAUCAAGAUGUUUUCGUAUUGAAAGUAGCUAAAACAGCUACUUUAAAUGAAAAAAAAUGUAAACUGGAACUAGAGCUGGUUACUCCAAAAGGACCAGACAAGAAAACUCCUAUUAAGAAAAUGAAUACAUGCUUACAAUCUAAUCUAGAUUGCGAAUGUUGCAUUCGAAGAUUAAAAAAGCCGAAAAGAAAAAAA